AUGCGUGGAAUUUACGUUAAAGUUGUUGAUCCUAUGAACGCAGGUCUAAGCGAAGAUCUGCUUGAUGAGACCGAAUAUGAACAAAUUCCAGCAAUAUACACCUCAGAAGAUGAACAUAUGCGAUCACCAACCGAUCAGACAAAUACAUCGCAUUCAUCUGUCCAACCCGAGAAUGCUGAUUUAAAGACGACGGCGACGGAGGAAGAACAAUCUUUGAAGAAGAGCACUGACAUUAUUGAUGAGAAGAACGAUGAAAACAGUAAUGAUAAUAAAACAGAUUCAUCACACAAUGUACCAGUCCCAGGAAAAAAACGUAAAUUACCAAUUUCCGCAGGUCUAGUCUCCUAUGCCAUUGAUGAUGAUGAGGAGGAGGACGACGAGAAUACUGUGUUAGACACCGACGACGAUGAUGGCGAUGAAGAUGAUGAGAAUACUGACUCAAACGAUCAAAAUACUCACAGUAAUCAUGUAUUACAAAGUAAUGUACCCGCAACAGGUCAACCACCAACUAUUUUCAGCUCUGGCCAACCAGUUAUUAAUAUUUUAUCUCAGAAUCAAAUUCAUCCCACCACCACCACACAGACUUGUCAACAAUCAAUGAUGGGAAAACUUCAAAUCCUCUUACUACCGCCUGAACCUACUGGACAUUGUUCUAUGGUGUUACAAGAAAGAGUUGAACGUGCUGUACGUCGGAUGCGAUUGGAUAUUAGUUAUGAUCCGAAUAGAGCUAUUCAGGAUAAUAAAGCAUUCCGUAAUCCUAGCAUUUAUGAAAAGUUGAUAGAUUUUUUAAAAAUUGAUGAAAAAGGCAGCAAUUUUCCUAAAGAAAUCUAUGAUCCUUAUCGUUGGGGUCCUCAAUCCUAUUAUGAAGAACUUGCAAAAGUACAAAAUCGUGAAAUUGACCGACUGAUGAAAUUACAAAAAGAACAGAAAAAGACAGAGGCUAAUACAGCGACGACAACGGCAACAACAACUACUACUACUACAAGUACAGUGAAAACCGCAAACAUUCCAAAUCCCAUUGCAGAGAAGACAAAUCCAACUACUGGGGGAUCUGUAUAUACAGGAUACAUUGAACCAAAAAGACCAAGUAAAUGGGAUAUUGGUAUGCCUAUAAAUCUACAAUCGCAUGAGACUACUACUACCAGUACUACUAUUACAACUACUACGAUUACAACUACAGAACCCGUCAAACAACAACUGCAGCAGCAACAGCAACAACAACUACCGCCAUCAAUUCCUCCUGUUGGAAGUUUAAUCAAACGUAACUGAUGUGCACAGUAUUGCAUAGGGCAAUUUUGUAAUAUUAAUAAUAAUAAUAAUGACAACUAACCACUGUUAAAACAACUGUUGAUAACGUUUAUUCCGCCGCCACACUCACCCUUCCCCCCCUCCCUCACACUUUUUUUGUACUUGUAAACAUGCACACAUAUUUUUCCAGGAGGAUAAUAUAUAUUCAAAUGAACUGUUGUCAAGACUUGACAGAAUUAAUUUUCCCUUCAUGUUCCCAGUGGAACAUAGGGCUU